GCACACGCCUGCCCGGAGCGGCUCGUCGCAGCCCGUUACCGGCGCCUGCCCCGCCGCUGCCGCGCGUCGGCCCUGCAUUAGAGCCGGGGGUCCCGGGGGCAGCCUCCCCUCGGCCUGCCCGGGACCGGGAGCCGGGAGCCGCCCGGGCAGCGCGGCCGUGCCCCGGCCCCGGCCCCGGCCCCGGCCCCGGCUCCGAGCCCCGACCCCGGUCAGGCCGAGGGCCCGCGCCCCGCCGGGGAGGUCCGGCCGGUGCCGCCGCCCGGCUGCGGCUCGGGGUCCCCCGCGGGCCGGGAAGGGGGGACCGCCCCUCCCCCGCGGCUCCCAAACUUUGCGAGGACGGAGCCGAAGCUCCUCCUACCCCGGUGCCCAAUUAAUGGCUCCGGCCCUGUCCCUUUAAGGCUCCGCGCGGGGCGGCCGGUUCGGGGGAGCUGCGCCUGGAUCCCGGCUCCCCGCCCAGCAGCGGCUGCACCGGCGCCAGGCGCGCUCCCCCGGGGCCCCGCGGGGCUGGGGCUGGGGCCGGGCCGCGGGCACCAUGCCCCGAGGGCGCUGCUGAGCCGGGCACCAUGAGCUCCGCCAAGGAAGCCCGGGCGGCGGCGGCGGCGGCGGCGGCGGGGCUGGGGCCGCGGGCGGGCGGCGGGGAGCGGCGGCGGAGCCCGCUGGACCAGCUGCCGCCGCCCGCCAGCUCCAACAAGCCGCUCACGCCCUUCAGCAUCGAGGACAUCCUGAGCAAGCCCUCGCCGCGCAAGGCGCCGCCCGGCCGCGCCGCGCCCUCGCCCUCGCCCCCGGCCCCGGCCCCGGCCCCGGCCCGGCUGCCGGACAAGGCGGCGGGCGGCGGCGGGGCGCCCCGGGCCGGGCUGCCCGCGCCCUCCUCGCCGCUCUGCGCCCUGGAGGAGCUGGCCAGCAAAACUUUCAAGGGGCUGGAGCUCAGCGUGCUGCAGGCGGCCGAAGGCCGGGACCCGCUGGGCGCCUUCGGGCCGCGGCCGGCGUCGAAGAAGCGGCGCAAGUCGCGCACCGCCUUCACCAACCACCAGAUCUACGAGCUGGAGAAGCGGUUCCUCUACCAGAAGUACCUGUCGCCCGCGGACCGCGACCACCUGGCGCAGCAGCUGGGGCUCAGCAACGCGCAGGUCAUCACCUGGUUCCAGAACCGCCGCGCCAAGCUCAAGCGCGACCUGGAGGAGAUGAAGGCGGACGUGGAGUCGCUCAAGAAGCUGCCGCCCGCCGCGCUGGAGCAGCUGGCCCGGCUGCCCGAGCUGGGGGAGCCCCGCGGCGGCCCGGCCUCGCCGCCCGCCUCGCCCGGCGCGGGCUCCGGCCCCGGCCUCGAUCCCGGCCCCGACCCGGCCGCCCGCGGCUUCUCCGAGGACGACGACGAGGAGAUCGACGUGGACGACUAGGGGCGGCCGGGCUGAGCCGGGCCGGGACUGAGCCCCGCACCCCCGAAGCUGGACCGGACCCCCGACCCUCUCCCUCCCCCCCCCGCCGUCGGGCACGGGGGAAAUGGUGCAAUUUCGUUUCUUUUUUAUUUUGUAUUAUUUUAUUUUCUAUCGUCGUCUCGUCCCGUCUCGUUCGUCCGCGUCCGCCCUCGCCCCGGGACCCGGGACCCGCCGAGACAGACCGCAGGGCUGAGGGCUCUCCGCUCCCGGGGCAGGCUCGGCUCGGCUCGGCCCGGCUCAGCCCGGCCCGGCUUGGCUCAACCCGGCUCGGCCCGGCCCGGCUGCCCGGGGCGCGGGCGGCGCCGCUCGGUGUGUGUAUAUAUUUGGAAUAAAAAGAGACGCCUGACUGA